CCCUACAAAUACGGGGGCCUGCCCGGCUUCUUUCUUCACCAGCCACCUACACUGCAAGAGGAAGCAAAUCAAAGCAAUUUCCAAAGCAAAUCAGUUUCAAACAGCAGAAUCCUGUAGCUAGCCGAUCGGCAAUGGCGACCAAGAUCUACAUCGUGUACUACUCGACAUGGGGGCACGUCGCCACGCUCGCGGAGGAGAUCAAGAAAGGCGCCGACUCCGUCCCUGACGUCGAGGUCACAGUCUGGCGGGUGCCGGAGACGUUGCCGGAGGAGGUGCUGGGGAAGAUGCACGCGGCGCCGGGGCGCGAGGACCACCCCGUCAUAACGGCGCGGCAGCUGGCCGAGGCCGACGGCGUGCUGUUCGGCUUCCCGACGCGGUUCGGCAUGAUGGCGGCGCAGAUGAAGGCCUUCUUCGACUCCACCGGCGGCCUCUGGCAAGAGGGGUCCCUCGCCGGCAAGCCCGCGGGCGUCUUCUUCGCCACGGGCACGCAGGGCGGCGGCCAGGAGACCACGGCCCUCACGGCCGUGACGCAGCUGACGCACCACGGAAUGAUCUUCGUGCCCGUCGGCUACACGCACGGCGCCGGCAUGUUCGCCAUGGACGAGGUCAAGGGCGGCAGCCCGUACGGAGCCGGCACCUUCGCCGGCGCUGAUGGCAGCAGGACGCCCACCGAUGCCGAGCUCGCCUUGGGGGCGCACCAGGGGAAGUACUUCGCUGGCAUCGCCAAGAAGCUGAAGGCCGUCUGAACCGCUCACGUCACAUGGCGUCAGCGUGUCAACUUGGAGCAAAAUUUGUUUACUUAGCAAUUACUACACCAUACUGGUAUCUAUAUCUUGUCUGGAAAGAAUAAUAAUGCGAGCACGUUGGGAACA